AAUGGAUACAAGCACUGUUCAGUUCAUCGGUUGUUCCCAUUUGGUCUCCACUGUUACAUUUGGCUCCGGAGAACAUCCCAGGACGGUUAACACGACCUACCCACGAUAUAUCUGUUUCAAAGAUUGCACCUAAAAAUAAUUGAGGAAGGGGACUGUUCUCUCACAGACGAAAGUUGGCACAAGAAGUUUAUCUUAACGUCACAUAGAUAUACUUAUCUGAAUUUACUUCGAACAUGUCCCACAUCGAAGAGAAGCUUUUUGAUUGCAGUGUGUGCAAAGUUUUUAAAAAGAAGAAAUGCACUCACGAAAAACGGCUUACAGGGGAAAAACCGUAUGACUGUAAAGUAUGUGGAAAAGAUUUCUCCCACAAAGGGGAUCUGACACGGCACCUGAGAAUCCACACAGGAGAAAAACCUUAUCGUUGCAUGACAUGUGGCAAGUCAUUUGCUCAUAAAAGUAAUCUCACGCAGCAUCUCAGGCGACAUACCGGCGAGAAACCCUUCGAGUGUUCUGACUGCGGGAAAACCUUUUCAAGAAAGGCCGGGCUUACUCAGCAUAUCCGGCUACACACGGGAGAAAAUCCAUUCGAGUGUUACUACUGCAAAAAGUCAUUUCCUCGCAAGGGAAGCCUAAUUAGUCACAUAUGGCACCACAACGGAGACUGGCCCCUUAGGUGCAGUUAUUGCAACAAAGGAUUUGGGGAUCAACACCAUUUAGUGAUUCAUGAAAGAAUUCAUACAGGUGAGAGACCCUACGCAUGUAACACAUGUAAAAAAACAUUCGCAGACAAGAGCAUCCUUGCCCGUCAUGUAAAACUUCACGAGGUUUCCGUUUUUUCUGGGGAAGAAUCUCCCUGCAACAAGAAUAAUAGAAUCACAUGCGACAUUUGCACAGAACAAACACCUUGUAAAUGCCAGGAACGUAGCAAGUAUUUCAGGAGUUGUCGAACUUUAAAGCAACACAUAAAACAACAGGAAACUACGGAGCUCCACUUAGAAAAGACAGAGGAGGAUCACUAUGGAACAGGAGAUUCUCAACCGCUGGAUUCGUUGAUGGUCAUCCAUAAAGAGGCAAAUUUAGAAUAUGGCUUUAGACAGCUUUCAAUUGAUCCCACAAAAUCGACAGAAAUCUGCAGUCUCCAAAACAAGACCAGUACACAGAACAAUCACAGACUACAAUUGCAUAACCAGUCUGAGUAUCAAGCGUCUGGCCCUGAAAAACAUGUACGAAUCGAGUCUGCGCCUUUGUAUGAGGCCGCAGAAAAAGGCAUCGUCACACUUGAUGUCAAAACAGGAUGUUUGAGUAAAGAACAAUGUGACAAAAUUCUCUUUUCUUCUGGCACCGUGCGCAUAAGAAGUCCUUCAGUAUGUUGGAAUUGCACAUUCAGAACACAUAAUAGACACACCAUGAAUGAAGCGGCGAACAACGAUUACGAAUGGGAACCAGAGAACAUCUGCUAUGACGAAGAGAGAAAAAGUUGGAGCGAGGAACAUGAAUAUGAAACAACUUGCUCGAAACAAGGUGAUUUUCAGAUCACUCCAGUUGAUGACGACGGGCAGUUGGCAUUAGAAUCUUCCAUCUUUAAUUUCCCUGAUGAGUACCAUGGAAAAAAAGAAAAAGAGGCCUACAUUAAAGAGGAAUUGGAGUAUUUUGAAAUCGCCGAGCAAAGUUUUUAAAACAGAUGAAGUAUUUUUUUUAUUAAAGGACAUUUUUGUGUAUCUCUGUCUGAGGCCUGACGCGGCAGAAUGGUACUAAGCGCCAAAAUAAUUAUUUGCAAGAAAACCAGAAGUUUUGGAAUUUUUCAGAAAGUGUUAACAGCUAUACAACAGAGCUAGAGUAAAGUAUUAUACACCAAAUGAAAGCCCUGAAACACACCUAUAACAUGUAUUAAAGCAGAAAAAAAAAAAUUUCAUUAUCAAUAAUAUCUUUCGCUAUCUUUAUCCACACCUCUCCUCCCCCCUUCCCCGCUCUCAUUGGCUCGGUGCUCUGACGUCCCAGCACUCUGCCGUCUCCCAUUGGCUAGGUAGAUAUAGUACCCUUCUGCCUGCGCGCAUCCCCCCAUCGUCACUAAGAAAAACAUACCCUUGUAAACAAUGGGAUUUUGGACCAUAUGGGAUGUUGGAAUAAGGGUAAUAUGUCAACCAUAAUGUAGAGCAGAAAAAAAUGCCAUUUUGGCGCUUAGUACCCUUCUGCCGCGGCGGGCCUCAUGUAUACAUUUGUGUUACUAGUAUUGUUUCUAGAUUUUUGAUGGUCAUUAAAGUAAUAUUAUCUUAUAAAUAGAAUAUCCGAAAGUAUUUUACCUCAAACAAGUGAUGUGUAAAACUCCUAAAUGUUCUAUACUGCUUAAAUAGGAUUAUUACAUAUUAUUCCCUUUACUUCAUUGAAAUAAUGUUCUUUUAUGUAUUUAGCCUAUCGCAUACACCAUGAACAUUGGACAUUAGUAGUUCUGUAAAAAUGAAGUCAGUGAUUGGUUCUUUGCUUCUCCAUCACACCUUUCUCGUACCUUACCUGUUACAAUUAUUUACCGCAAGGAGGGGCGACAUUUACUUCCUAUAGAAGAAUGAAACAUCGGGCAAAUUGUAAGGCGAAAGGGAAAAUGACAGGAAUAAAUGUUGAUCUUUUAAUGUAGUGGUUGCCCUUUGAAACAGUGCCACUAGUUGGCAGAAUUUCGGACAAUCAUUCACACAAUGCUAUUAUUUUAAUAUAGAACACAAGCCAACAGGUAAAUGUUAAGUAAGAUAAAAGAAACACCUGUACUUUUUCCUCUUUCAUAUCUGUGGUGUCACGUGCAUCGAUAAUUUCAGUGCAAGUGUGUUUAGUAGUUGCAAUGCAAAUGAAACAUAGAGGUUAUUUUACAGACCCUCUUCACCAUCCACAUAAUCUAUAUAUACUCACUUAAAAUUUGUCAAGUAGGGAAGAGCAGUAAAUUGCGUUCAUUGCCAAGUUCUCGAGCUCAUUUAAAUGUAAUAUAUUUUUAACAAAACGGCUACACACACCUGUAGGUUAUGCAGGUGUAAGAGCAUAUAUCACUUCUCACAGGUACAGACACACAUGUGCAUUUAUA